GGCGAGCGAUGGGUGUUAAAAAACCAAGAUGUCGGCCGACGGCGGCGGGCAAGUGUCGUGGUCAUGUGCCGCUGAGACCCGUUGACCUGAUAGGUGUUAUUACCCGCGCUGUCAGAAAGCAAACGCGGCGAAACAAUGCGUUCGGCGACGGUGACAUGAGCCGGUUUUGUUGUUUUCGAAAACUGUUGUGUCGGCGGAACUCGCUCGGCGGCCAAUAUCGACGGCGGCUGCUCACGUCGUCGCCCUGGAGCUUGUUGUCAGAGUGAAGUUAGUCGGAACGGGCGAUCUCAUUGCACCCACGCCGAAACAUCAAGUCUUCCCUUCGCUUCUUCUCUUAUCCUCCUCCUCGUCUCCCUCCCCCCUGCUGCUACUGCUGCUACUGCUGCUGCUACCGCGGCCUGAUAUUCAAUCACCGGAAGACGUUAUCAAUGGUGAAGCAGCUGCAACAACGCCAUGACGCUGCCGGAUCGGCGAAGGUUCACGCAAAUGCAACGCGCGUCAAGUCAAGGUCGAGGAAGUGUUGCAGGCCUCAAAGGCGACUGAACCGUUCCCAAGUUCUGAAAAUGCAACCGAGGAAACAACCGAAGUCAGAUCAAGAGGCCCAAAGCGUCGCCUCCGAUGGAGUUAGUAGCGGAGCAGUGAGUCCCGGUGCCGUACCGAAUGGAGAAACUUCUAAGCAGUUUCUAUCGACUGGAAGAACCGGACGCAGAAAUGCACUGCCCGAUAUCCUGGGGCAUCAUGCAGACACGGAUACAGCCGAUCUACCAUCUCGGCUGGAGGCACUAACGACGGAAACAAAGCAAGCCGAGCCGAGCACCAGCAAAGACGGGGCGUCAACUUCAAAGCAAUACACCGGGUGACAGCGCACCGUUUUUGGCUAACACGAAGAGAGAAAUUUUCUGCAACUGCUUUGUGCUCGUACGGUGAAAAGAGUUUAUUGAAAAUGGACUUCGCUAUUGAUAAAUAAACCCUGGCGAAGUUGGGAAUCAGUCAAUUGCAGAGAUAGUAAUUUCGCCCAUGACGUUUUCGGGAUUACGGUGAGAUUUCAAUUAUCCGAGAACGUGAGAAUGACUAUCUUCGUUCUCAGAUCGCCAACGAGGCUUCAGUUCCUGUGACGUGAGAUAAAUAUCAUGUAUUAAAUUAGGUUAAUAUACAGAGGUUAAGUGCAACAAAAAAAAAAAAAAUCCACUUGAUGCAUUUGGCACUUCAGAAUAUAAUUUGGACAGAUUAACUAUGAGAUUUGUUGGGAAUUCGUAAAAAUCAAUUUUGUAAUAUUAAUAACACCCUUGAUUGCCGUCAUUUUCUUUCUACUAGUAUUAAUAAAAUUCUGAUGUGCAUUUUUUAAUAAUAGUAGUAAUAAUUGCAAUUGAUUUCAAGGUAAUAACUAUUCGAAAAAUAUAAAUCAGUUGUCUAUCUACCUAUUUAUAAUUGAGACAAAUAUGAAGCACGUGUCAAUUACACAUGAAGAUUGGCUACCGCACAAAACACGCUAAAGGCGAAAAUGCGUGCGUUGUAAUACACCCACAUAGAUGUUUAUAUACAUAACUGAAUGUAUAUAUUU